AUGGGCUCACGAAAGUUUGGCGAGAAUGUUCCUGACAUUUGUGAGAGUAUUUCUUCAGAAGAAGAGCACUCGAAUAAAGCAGAAUUGGUUUCAUGGAUGAGAAACGAUGAAAUCGGAAUGAAUGCUAUAUUAGAUGGACCAUUCGGAGCAAGAAAAGUUAUCUACUGUGACUAUACGGCAAGUGCUCGUUCAUUUCAUUCAAUCGAAAACUACAUUCAAGAAGAAGUUCUUCCUUUCUAUGGAAAUACACAUAGUUCUGUUACUGUAACUGCUGAACAAACUACACUUUUCAUGCAUGAAGCGAGACAAGAAAUUCGAGCAUUCAGCGGAUGUGGAGAUCAAGAUUCUGUGAUCUUCACAGGAAGCGGAUCAACUUGUGCUGUAGAACUUCUUGUUCAUUUGAUGCAGUCUGAUGAAGAAAAGGACGAAAUUGUUGUGGUUCAUUCUAUUCAAGAACAUCAUAGCAAUCUACUUCCAUGGAGAAAAAUUGCAACAGAGUUGCGAUGUGUGGAUGAACUGGAAAAUGGACAAGUUGAUCUGAAUCACUUACAAAAUAUUUUGAAGGAAGUUCGGAAGGAACAUGGAAACAUUAAAGUUGUUGGCACAUUUUGUGCUUGUUCUAAUCUAACAGGAGUCCUAACUAAUAUUCAAAAUGUAACGAAGAUACUCAAAAGUUUUGAUGCUUUGUCGAUUUGGGAUUUCGCUUCAGCUGCUCCUUAUGUUCCAAUUUCGGUGAAUGGAGAAACUCCACUUGAUGCUGUUUUCUUUUCUGGUCAUAAAUUCCCAGGUGGUGUCAGUUCACCCGGUGUUUUGAUUGUCAAAAAGAAUAUGAUUCGAGCUACAAAACCAAAGCGAAUUGGAGGAGGAACCGUAUUCUUUGUGAAUAAUUCAAAUGAAUGGUAUUUGAAAGAAGUAGAACAUCGUGAAGAGGGAGGAACUGCAGACGCUGUUGGUGCUGUCCGAUUAGCUAUGGCCGUGAAGAUGAAAAGAGCAGUCGGUGAAGGAACAAUCGGAAAAUUAGAUUCUGUUAUCACAAAAUUUGUACUUCAGUCAUUCAAAUCAAUGGAUAAUCUUGUUCUUCUUGGUCCGGUGACUUCAGAUAACCGUCUCCCUGUUUUCUCAUUUCUCAUUCGUGAUCCAAAUAGUCAAUUAUUUUACCAUCACAACUAUAUUUCUGCCCUUCUCAACGAUCUAUUUGGUAUCCAAACAAGAGCUGGAUGUAUGUGCGCUGGACCGUAUGCGCAGAAGUUGUUGGGAAUUAGUGAAGAAACGAGCAGAAGAUUUGUAAAUGCCAUCCAAGAAUCUCCCGAUCUGGAUCGUACACAUCUCCGCCGACAAGCUGAAUACUCUCAACAAGAAUUCUUGCGCCCUGGAUUCACUAGAAUCUCUUUUCCAUAUUUCUUUUCAAUAAGUCAAGUUGAAGAUAUUGUUGGUGCUGUCCAAUUUGUUGCAAAACAUGCCGCAGACUUCAUCCACUUGUAUCAAAUCAACUGUGAAACUGGAGAAUGGCAUCAUCAAAAUCAGCGAGUUUUCCACGGAAGAAGGUGGAUUGGUCAUGUUGAAUUCACUUCAAACGGUCUAAGAACUAAACCAAUUUCUACUCAAAUCGUCCCAGAGAUGAGGGAAUGCGUUGAAAAAGCACAAGAAUCGGCUCAGAAAUAUUCUGAAACAAUGAAUCUUUCAAAGAUUCCAGAUGGAAGAACAGCAAUUAAUAACGAAUUUCACGGGCUGCGAUGGUUUAUUCUCCCUAUUGAGGUUGCUGAAGUGAGAUCUAAAAUGAACGUCGUAUUCCAAGAGUGUGUGAUUAUUCCAAAGAUUUAUUCAGCGGUUGUCACAAGUAAUGAGUUAACUGAGCCCCAGUUGUUUUAUAUGAAACAAUCAGAAGAGCCGUCAGAAGACCAGUCAAAUUGUGAAGUUAUCUGCGAUGAUGUAAUUUGUCUUUUGAAAUGCGACCAAAAUUCGACAAAGCAGGACAACACUGAAAAUGUUGGGAUAGAUGAAAGUGAAGCAGAAGAAGUGAAACAAAUGGAAGAUUGGAAUAAACGAAUUAUUGUGAAAAGAAUUGAGAACUUGAGCAAAGAAAGCGAAAGAAAACUCGAGUGGCAUGUUCCGCCGUUAGAGAUGUACAAAAAAACAACUGAUAUUAUUCAUCAGUUGAAAAUGAUAAGGAACGGUGAUAAAGUUCUUGUUUGUCUCUCCGGUGGAAAGGAUUCUCUCUCUCUACUUCACAUUCUACGACAUUAUCAACUAAGAUGUAAUAAGGCAAGAAGUACCAGCUUCGAACUAGGAGCGAUUACGGUGGAUCCAGGAUCCGCCGAAUACAAUCCACGUCCUUUGAUCGAGUACUGUCGGAAGUUGAACAUUGAUUACUUUUAUGAGGAGCAGGAUAUUAUUGGAGCUGCAAAGAAAACACCUGGAUUACGAUCGAUCUGUGCUUUUUGUAGUCGAAUGAAGAGAGGAAGACUCGCCGCUGCUGCUCAAUAUCACAAUUGGAAUGUGUUAGCCAUGGGUCAACAUCUCGAUGAUUUAGCUGAAAGCUUUUUCAUCGCAGCUUUUCAGAAUGGAAAUUUGAGUACUAUGAAAGCACAGUAUACCACGAAAGAUGGUACUUUACGAGUUAUCCGUCCGUUAGUAAUGGUUCGUGAGAAGGCUCUUCGUAAUUUCGCAGAAGAUAAAAAACUUCCUGUUGUAGCUGAGAACUGCCCUGCAUGCUUCAAUCAAGCAACCGAACGCCACCGUAUUAAGCAACUUCUUGCUCAGCAAGAACUCAUCUUUCCUGAUUUAUUCAACUCUUUAAAAUCAGCUCUCAAACCUUUGUUAUUGGUUGAUUCUGCUCACACAAGCGAGAUGCGUGAUCAAGCUGUUAAGAAUAUUGUUGGCGCUUCAUGA